AUGGUUGCUAUUAUGAUUGCUAUCCAGGUUGCCAUCCAGGUUGCCAUCCAGGUUGCCAUCGGGAUCAAUACCAGGGCCUCUCUGCUCUGCAUGCCAGCGCUGGCUGAACUGGAUCAGGGCCUCCUGAUAAUCCGGCCCGACCUGGCCAAACUGUACCUGCUGGCGGCCAUAGAUCUGCUGGCCAGUUCUUCUGGAAUGAUGCAUCUGCUGGGCCCCGAGGCUCUCAUCAUCCCGGUCAUCCCCGGGGCCUUCCUCGGGCACCUGCUCCUGCAUCCCAUGGCGAAUGAUGGCCUGGGCCAGGUGCCGCCAGGUGCUCAUCCCGAGCGGCUGACCCAGCUUCGCAACCAUUAG